AUGGCGGAACUUGACUACGCAACCCGGCGCCAGCACAUGGUUGGCAAGCUUGAACGUAUCCUUGCCCAGAUAGAGAAACAUGGUCGGGCACUGUACAGCCUCGAUGAGAAAACCAAUAAUGUGAAGAAGAUUCCGGCGAACACGCAAGCCGAGAUCGAAAGCAGGAAGAAGAAGUACUUCGCCGCGAAGGAACGGUAUGAGGACGCACUCUCGGACUGGCAGAAAGAAGCCGUUGAGAGGCAUGAGAAGGCGAGAAGGAAGAUCUGUGAUACGGUGGAGAAGCAGCUGAAUGAAGCUGGUGUGGAAUUGAAAAGUAUCUCAUUUGAGGACGUUGAGGUUGAGGAAGAAUAG